UCGGUUUGGGAAUCGGGAAUAAGAACUCUGAUUCAAUCGGGAAGCAAGACCACACAGGCAUCACAGCGAGAACAAUAUCCGGAACUGCAUUGCGUCUAGCUAGACUAAUGUCCUCACUCCCUCACAAGAACAAGAAGACAAGAAACCAAAGACAACGACAAAUACAGCCAUCAACUUUUUUGCUAACAAGCCAGAUCAAAAAGAGAGAGACAAAGUAAAAAGCCAUGGCAGAAUAUUUGGUGACGUUUGCCGCGGGUGCUUCCUACGGGUUGACGACUGUAGUUGUGGGACAACCGUUGGAUACCAUCAAAGUGCGAAUGCAAGGCAUGCCAACAAUCGGCGCCAAGGAAGGAUCGGUUCGUGUCGCUAUGGAAUUGUUUCGUCGCGAAGGACUGGUCGGUCUCUAUCGUGGAGGAUUGCCUCUCUUUAUUGGUGGGAGUCUGAUGCGAUCCGCACAAUUUGGCGUCAGCGGCCAGACCAAGCAUUGGCUCGACAGUCAUCACCAACAUUUGCCACAAUUUCAAUUGUUUGGACUGUUGGAUUGGCAAGUUAUUGCCGCUGGAAUUGCCGGGGGACUCGGUCGGGGACUGGUGGAGAUUCCCACGGACUUCUUAAAGACACGACGGCAAGUGGAAAAGAGUUGGACCUGGACACAUCUCAUGGAUGGCACGGGAAUCACCUUGGCACGGAACACGGUACUCUACACAGCCUUUAUGGUCAACAUUGACCUUUCCAAACAAGCUUGUCAGGCUGGAUAUGUCCCCACGGUACUCAUGAACUCAGAGCAAACCGGUCUCACACCCUUUGCCAAGGGAGCCAUUUGCGCCAACAUGGCGUGGCUCACUGUAUGGCCGGCCGAUGUCAUCAAGACACAGCGACAAUCCGGAAACUAUGAGAAAUCCACGCUCAGUCUAUUACGAGACAAUCUGCGGUCUGGACGACUUUUUCGAGGGAUCAUUCCGGGUCUGAUACGAUCCAGUGUUGCCAAUGGCAGUAGUAUGGUUGUCUACGAAUGGACCCACACCACUCUCUCCAGCUAUUGGAAUCUGCAGGAACGAAGGGAUAUGACCUAGCUAGAAAGCAAAACUUAUUUAUUCAUAAAAGAUAGACUUCCGGGUACAAAUACUUUUUUUUAAAGAGGAGCAAUCGAGCAAUUUGUGUUGGUCCCCAAUUUGUCCCCCCGAUCCCUUGG